UUUUGCUUCCGCUUUACAGGUUAGAAUCACUCUUUGCACGCUACUUUUACUCAUAGACCAUGGGAGUCCAGAAGGAUACAAAGAUACUCACUUGUUGUGCUGAGCAAGCUACAAGGACCGGAAGCUUCAACUCAACUGAGGUGAAAUCUUUGCAACACCUCGAAACCCGAACUUGCUCUUCUUGUUAAACUGAUUGAUACGAUUUAUUCUAGGAUCAUUUCAGCUACCAACAAUCGUGAUACGUGACUGCAAGAUUGAAUGCCACUACUUCCAGGGGUGAAAUGAAACGAAAGCCAGAUUUGGUAGAAUCCAUUAUAGAGUCUAACCCGCAGAAGGAGGAGAACCACCAUUGGAAGCGAAUGAGACUUCAUGUUGAAAUUCCAACGUCGCUUACUACGACGCUGGAUACACCUCAGGGCAAUGCAUCCGGAACCCCCGACGAUAUAGACGUAGAUACGUUCUCGUCGCUAUCGCCUGACUCGUUGUUUGACGAGGUAUUUACAUCCCCAUCCUCAUUUCCUGCGAGUCCUCCACUCGAUCUACAUCCGGACCAAAAAGCUCAGACAGCUCUGCGGACGGCUCCACCUAUUCCCGGACUCUUUUUCGAUCCUUCUGUGAGGCUCUCAGAAGAUUUGGCUGAGGAAUUGGCAGGCUAUUGCAUGUGCCGAUAUUUCAAUGAUGAUGAUGGCAAGCGGAGGGUUAAUCAGGUUAUGCUAUUCGAGAGAGCACCGGUAGACCAGGAGACCGUGACCGAAGACGCCGUUUCGCGUGGCCCGGGAUCAGGGUGUCCUACAUCUAAUGGCCUUCCUCCUCCCCUCCUCGCACUGCUCGACAAGAUAUCUGACCUCAUCCGACCGCCACUUCUUUCUUCAAAGACGCAUGAACUACUGUUCCCCUCGUUUGCUUUGCACACUGGGACGGGACGUUCAGAACACUCCGCCCCUUCUACUUUACAGAUCGAAACGCAUUCAAAACAGACAAAGCAAGCGAGACAAGCGAUACUGAAUCUCUACGCGCCAGGCGAAGGUAUCUCGCCUCAUGUUGAUUUGCUACGCAGAUUUGGAGAUGGAAUUAUCGGUGUGAGUUUGUGCGGAGGAUGUGUCAUGCGGUUUGAGAGAAUUCGAGAGGAAGGAAUCGAGGAAGUUGCCGAGCGUGUGUCCUUGCAAUCGCGAUCGGAUUCACCUUCGUCCUCUGUCGACUCCGUUUUUCUUUCAAACUCAAAUGUUCAUGAGCUUUACCUUCCUCCGAAUAGUAUCAUCGUUCUCUCCGGAGAGGCGCGAUACAAAUGGACACAUGGUAUUGAACGACGAACGGGAGAUUGGGUUUCGUAUGGCGAUGAGGUUAACGUUGGAGAUGGAGAGGGAGUACCGCAGGUGACUCCGAAUGACAGUAACUUAGGGGUGAAGGUAGAAUGGAUCCCUCGUACAACUCGCCUGAGCAUUACAUUUCGCUGGUUGUUGCCUGGUGCUGAUAUCGUCGGCGAUACCUCUGACUGUGAGCAGUAGAUUAGAGUACUGCUGAAGUUGUGGUCAUGACUCCAAGGUGAAAUUCCGACGCUGCUGCGCAGGCAAGUGGUAGUUGAUGGUACGAAAUGGAGCCGUAUUGGCUUUCUUCCUUUCUUGAUGAACUUUGUAUCAUUUGUAUUCACGAAUCAAUGGCAAGCUGGAACAGUAUUUCUCGAACGACUCAGCCUCAACCGCAGCCGGUCGUGGGUAUGAGUCAUUAAACGGCA